UGCCAGAAUAUAUCCGUUAUUUUAGUCGUUACUGCCACGAUAUCCUAAAGCAUACACCUCUGAGCAUACACUGCGUUAGUUACUGAUGCAGUUCCUAUCAUAAGCAGUAUAUUGUGAGCUGAGAAGGAACUACUUGAAAUGGCAGAAUAUUUGGCAUCCAUCUUUGGAACAGAGAAAGACAAGGUAAAUUGCUCCUUUUAUUUCAAGAUAGGUGCUUGUCGUCAUGGAGAUCGAUGUUCAAGACUGCACAAUAAGCCGACUUUUAGUCAGACUAUCCUGGUUCAGAAUAUGUACCACAAUCCCAACAAUCAGACUCAAAAUCCGGGAGUACAGCCAACUGUGAGUGUAGAAGCAGAGCAGCAGCAUUUUGAUGCUUUCUUUGAGGAUGUGUUUGUUGAGACUGAGGAUAGAUAUGGCCCCAUCGAGGAGAUGAACAUCUGUGACAAUCUGGGAGACCAUCUUGUCGGAAACGUUUACAUCAAGUUUCGCUAUGAAGAGGAUGCAGAGGAUGCUGUGCUGGCUCUCAACAAUCGCUGGUUCAAUGGCCAGCCCAUUCACGCUGAGCUCUCCCCAGUCACUGACUUCAGAGAGGCUUGCUGCAGGCAGUACGAAAUGGGGGAGUGUACGCGUGGAGGAUUCUGCAACUUCAUGCAUCUCAAGCCCCUUACUAGGGAUGUUAAAAAACACUUGUAUGGCAAGAGGGCUAAGAAUGUCAUGGGUGGAAGGAGCCGCUCUCGAAGCAGAUCACCACGAAGACGAAGAUAAACAAUUUGAAAUACUGGUUUUAGAAAACAAUGGCUAGCUUGCAAUUUCCUGUAACGUCAUGAUCCACUCUCAUGUGAUCAUGCAGUUGUGUUAAGUUGUUAAGUUGUUCUUUCAUCACCCUCUUUUGUAAUCACAUGGUGUAUACACAAAAAAAACAGAAGGGUGUAAAUUGCCAUCAA